GCUUGUUUCUGCUAUUUUUUGGAUCUUCAGGGAAUUUUAAACUAUGGAAACAUAGACUAUUGUUAUGGAAAUGAUAGUUUCUAUGGAGUUGUUUGUAAUAUUAUAUGUUCAUUUAUAAGACUAUCAUGUACAUAUAUUUCAUCAUGGUUAAUACUUUGGAUGGCUGUCAUCCGAACUUUAUUCAUUAUUUUUCCAAUGAGCUCGUGAACUGCAAAGUUGUCCGAGCACAUAGUACAUGCAAUUCGAAUCAUAAUAUUUUCUUUUUUAAGUGUUCCAUGUUACAAUUUCUUAACUGAUUUUCAUACUUUCAAAGUUGAAAUUGAACCUGAAAAAGUUUAUUGUCUCCCCACACCGAGCAGAGUCAACUUGACAAAUGGAAUAACACAGUAUAAAGCUGGAAGUGGAAAUUUCAACGCCAGACAGAUGGAAAUGUUUUAUGGAUUAGGGUUUCUUGCAAGUCUGAAACCGGUAGUUCAUUUGGCGCUCACAGUUUUUCUAUUGAAAGCUAUAAGAAAUUCAGCAAAAUUGAGAAAGAAUCUGAGAAGGAGUGAAGUUGAAAAAACGGAAUCAACCACCAGAUUGAUCACAUUAAUGUCAGUGUUCUACUUUAUGUCAGAAGUUCCUGUAUUUCUGGUUGGAAUCUAUAGAAUAUUGAGCGCUGAUGAUGCGCGAAACACGUACGCUCCGGGGUUUAGUUUUAUCCUUCAAAUUCAGAAUUUCAGAACAACGGUAGUACUUCUUCAAGUUCCGCUGGUUUUCUUCACCACAGUCAACUCAAUAUCCCAUUUUUUCGUUUGCCUGUUAAUGUCGUCUCAAUAUAAAGAUACGGUAAAAACUGUACUUGGACUUCAGAGAGCACAGACUACUGUAUGAAUUUUGGAAUUGGAGAAAAAGUGGUUAACGCUUGAAGUUUC